GGGGCGGGAGCGGCGCGGCGGCGGCAGCCCGGUAAGGGCGGCAGGUGGCGGCGCUCGGAGCCCCGGCAUUCCCGGCUUACCGGCAUUCCCACCAUCAUCCCCGGCAUCGCCUCCUCGGCGGCGGGGGCUCGGGGAGCGGCGAGCGGCUCGGCGCGGUGGCACCGUCCCGGGGAGAAGUGUGAGAAGGGUCUGAGCAGGGGUGCUUCCCCCGGGGCUCCCGUCCCYGUUGCGGCCGGAGGCGCGGGAGCCGCCCGGGCCCGGGAGGUGCCUCCAACGGGAGGGAGCGGAGCGGAGCCGCCGCCGGAGCCCCGCGAGGGCUGGGGCUGCCCCCGGCCCGUUGAGGCGGAGGGCGGGCGGUUUUAGCGCCCGGGCGGAGCGGGACCUGCCCGGGGCGUUAUUGCUGCUCGGGCGGCACCGCAGCCGGGAGCUGCCGGGCUGCCCCUGUGGAGGCACGACGGCCGUUUUCUCUCUUGGUGGUAUAGCUUAGUGUUAUGGGUGAUACAGGAGAAGCUAAAAUGCAGAUAACACCAGAAACUCCAGGACGAGUUCCAAUCCUGAAUCCUUUUGAAAGUCCCAGUGAUUAUURCACUCUGCAGGAGCAGAUUGUCUCCAGUCCUUCGGUUUUUAAGUCAACAAAAUCCUCAUCUACACCAGGAAAAUUUAGAUGGUCUAUUGAUCAGCUUGCUCUAAUAAAUCCUGUGGAAAUUGACUCGGAAGACAUUCGACGUCAAGGAAUGUAUUUGAGCCAUGCUAGAACUGAUAAGGAGACAGAAGAUAGAAGGCAAAAAGCUAUUGAGGAGUUUUUCACAAAAAAGCUCAUAGUUCCUUCUCCUUGGAUUGAACAUGAAGGCAAGCAAGUUUCUCAGUUUAAUUCAACUAAAUCCAUAGAUAUAAAUAACAUUUCUCCAAUUGGAAGACAGCUAAGCUUGCACUCUGGGAGAAGCAAUGCUGCUUGUCAGACAGUACUGUCUUUGCCAGUGGAUUUCAAUUUAGAGAAAAUACUAGGUGAAUAUAUUAGAAAUGAUGAAUUUGCAGAUCAGUCUCAGGAAAAUCUGAGUUCUUCAUCACUCAGAAGAAAGCUGUUUUUAGAAGAAAAUGGGAAUGUAUCUGCAUGUUUGUCCCCUUCUCUGCAUAGUCCACGUGGUAGUCAGCCACUUGGAGUGCUUUGUUCAAUAGAAUUAUCUCCAGUCCGCUGCAGAAGCCCUCUAGACACAUCGAGUUCAGGUCAGUUUUCAUCAAGUCCUAUUCAGGGAGGCACAAGAGCUUAUAGCCUGGGAAGUAUAACCAGUCCCACGUUUUCAGAGGGGUCUCCUGCACAUCUUGGUUCUCCUGCUUUUUCACCAAUUGCUUUUCACAUAAGGAAAACACCACUCUCAGACCAAAGAAAAUUUACAUUUCGUUCUCCAGAUAUUCCUUCUUCCUCAAAUAGAAUGACACCCCCAAGUACAAGAAGUCCUUACAUAGAUGGUUGUUCUCCAAUUAAAAAUUGCUCUCCCAUGAGGCUUGGAGGCUGUAGAGGGACUACCCCAUAUCAGACUUCUGUCAUUAGAAUACCAAUUGCAGUUGAGAAUCAGGAUGAGGAUGACAAGGAAAAUGCUUGCCCAGCAGAAGCUCAGUUCCCAGAAAUGGAUAAUGGAAUAAACUUACGGCAGGAAGACAGUGAUACUUUUGCACRUGGUACACAUCUUGUGGUGGCAACUAUGUCUGUUGCACCAGAUCACUCAGAAGGUUGUCACCAAAGGUUGUCAUCCUUUCAGGAUAUAGAAGGCUUAAAGGAAAGCAAUACUGUAGACAUGGCUGAUGCAGCUGAAGUGUCAGAGGAAAACACUUGGAUAAAAGAAACAAGUGGCAGUAGCAAUACGCCAAUGACCAGCUUUAUGACAGGCAUUACUUUCAGUAUUGAAAGCUCUCGCAUGUGCAUGUCACCUCUUGCAGAAAGCAGUGCAAUUCCUUGUGACAACAGUAGUAUUCAGGUGGACAGUGGUUACAAUACACAGACUUGUGGAAGCAGCAUUAUGGAUACUGCAGGGACUGAAAACAGUUGCAAAGAAAAUGAUGUGAAUACUGUCAUGUUUCAGAAUAAAUCUCAGCUGCUUAGAACAAAGGAGUGUUCUGUUUUAAGCCAAAAGGACAAUCAGUUGCUGAGAGCAAAAUCUCCAGAGAAGCAAUCCUGUUUCCAAAAAGCCAAAACACAUAGCACAGUAUUUGGUCAAAACGCAACUUGCAACAUCUCUGCUUGGAAACAUAAAAAUGAAAAUUGAGUUCAGGGAUUUCACAAAAGUGGUAUGUAGUGUUCUCAUGGAGAACUUAAGCUGUGAUGUCUAAUAAAUUUUUAUACAUAUGACCUCAAUUACCUGGAUUAUACAUACUAUUUUGCUUUUCUGAUGCAAAUGUAAUAAACUGGUAUAUAUUAAGGGAAUUUUUAAAUAAUGUGGGAUUUUUUCAGGUUUUACUAAGAAAUGUAUUGUGACCAUUAACUAGUCCUUUUUGAAAAUUAAGAGGGCUAGACUUUGUACAGAGAAACAAUUUUUCAGAAUUAUAUUCCUUSUGUGAUUCGGGUGGAUUCCACGAGCAAGAUAACUUGCAUAGGAACCAAUAUAAUGGCAGUAACAUCUAUAUUUUAAGAUUUGUCCUGCCUYGUGGCAUGAGCAACAUUUUUCUUUGGGGGAAAGAAAAAGUAAGGGAGUAUUAGUCUGGAUUUGGAUUGCUUUUCUMCAACCAGAUUUAUCGUGUGGCUUCAUAAAUACUAGCACUGGUACCAAGAAUAAGUCACUGGCCAGAAGUGAACUGCUGAGAGUGUGAUGAGAGCAAACAGCRAAGUUUAGCUCUUUUAGUAAUAUAAGCUUCAAAAGAAGCUGUUUAGCAGUUCUCUGAACAGCUUUUUCCUUGGUUUGACAGCAGUCUGUGGUGUCAGUUAAGUUUACSAGGUACUUAGGUAAAAUGUAUUAUUGGGCACCUUAAAAUUAAAAGAUAGUAUUGUUGCUUAAGUAAUUGUAUUAGUAUUAAACUUGGAGUUGAUCACCUGACAGUACCAGCAUCUCUGAAGAAUACUUGAAUCCAGGUUGAUGCUAUGGUACCCUUUGGAAGGAGGCUAAGAAGGUGCAAUAAAAUUAAUUCGUCUCACUAUGUCACUAAGAACAUGGUGCAGCCUUUUUUCUUUUAAAGCAGACCAUUACACUUUACUUCUCUUAUGUUUAAUUCUCAGUAUUAUUAUGUYGCUUACAGAAAUGACCAAAACAUUCAGACAAAUCCUUAAAAAUGUAAUUAACUUUUGCAUGCCAUUUAUUACAGUAAGUAUUAAUAUGAGCAAACCUUUGAGCCUUUCAAGAAAACCAUCAGUGAAUUAAAAUGAUGGAUUCAGGGGRAUMAGAAGACCAGAAAUCGCUUUGUGUAAUCAAAUCAAGAUUUGGUUAAGUUUGCUUGUAUUUAUUUAAAUGAACCUUCUGGAAUUUAUAAAUGUGAAUAGGGGGAAAAAUCCAUAUGAUAAUCUUGUGGCCCUAGUGACUAAGAGGGGAAGAAGAGAUAGGGGAUACACCUGAGAUUUCCAGGCUUUGUUUAUGUAGAGCUCUGAUAAACUUUGUUGGAUUAAAGAAAAAGAGAAGUCCAUUCUAACGAAGGUUCCAGGUGAAGUAGUCUUUCUCUCUUUUCAUAGCAAAGAUGUCCCAGGAUACUAAAUGGAAGUUCUGCUUUCUGUUCUAUUCCACAACCUACAGAAAUGCUUGUACCAAAGUGAUAGAUGGUGGCUGAUGAGCAUCUAUUGGCACACUAGGCCUGAAACCUAUUGGUCAGACCUAAAUUUGAAAGCAAGGCAGCAUUUUAAAAAAAUCUCAAAAGAGGAGGUGUGAACAGAAUCUCACAGCAUUAAAAACAAUGUGUUAGACCUGACAGUUGUGUURUCUGAAUAGAACAGUUCUUGAAAUAUUUUCGUUAAUAAUUUCCUAGUGAAGGCUUUCUGAAAAGCCUAUUUGGGRAAAAGGGAAACUCCCAUCUGCCUUAGUUGAUGGUAAUUCUCACAUUGCAAAAAUAAAUAUUAAAAAAUUUACUUUAGAAAUCUAAUGAGCAAACAUGAUGUGUAUCAUUUUUAUUUCUGCAGCAAUUUAAUCACUGUUUCUGUARUGCAUGUCAGAUUGACAGUAAUGGAAUUCAGUGUCAUAUGUUACCUAUUUCAUAAUCUUCAAACAGUGCCCUACUGGUAGCUGAAAAUACAUUGAAUUGGUAACUUUUAAGGGAUGAAUUUUGUUAAAAGUAGGAAAUGAACUUGGACUUCUGGAAAAUCAAUUUUUUAGAAUAAGGCCUUCRACAGGUUCUUAGCUGUAGCUUCUAAGUUUUGUCAUUCAAAAGCAGGAUACAACUUGUCUGAGAUUUAAAAGCAUGACCUUGUCUCCUUUUUGUUUCUCAUGAAAUUUUCUUUAACAAUAAGCARUUGAAAGGACUGCACARAAGAUUUAUUUYUGCAAUUGUGGUUACUAAAAUAGURAAGUAAAUUUAAUGAACCUUAAGCAGGGUAGUCCAAAUUAUUAAUUGUUUCUGAAUUCUUCUGAGUUGCAUGUAUAAUUAAGAUUUGGUUUUACUUAUUAACUAAACUUUUUGAUGUUUUUAUGUUUAUUGAUCAGAGGCUUUUGAAGUAUUCACAAGUAAAAAAGCGAUCACUAAAAUAUUAAAUUUUGUCUUGUAUCAGUGUUUUGUAAAAGGUAAGAAAAAUGUAACACCAGAAAUGGGUGAAUGUGAGAAGUGAUUAAGGAUCCCCCCCCAACUCAAUUACCUGAAUUUUUUGUUCURUGUUGCAGUCUUCAGUUAGAUGGGAAAUAUUUAUUUUUAUGAAAACAUUCCUAUUUUUUUAUUAUGUUUGUAGAAUGGAUUUGUAGAAGAAACCUACUGUGCAAAUUACCAUGGAAAUCACUUGACCAUUCUGAUUCUAUAGCUGUUCUUGAUGCWUUGGGUGGCACACAUUGCACAAAAUGGUCAUUGUUUACAUUAAAUUAAUAUCAGUAGUUUUAACGAAAGUCCUUUAACAUGUCUAAUUGUAAAYUGAGUAGUGAAAAACAAUAAAGAUAUUUCUUUAAUCCCUAUAUKGUUCAAUU